CUCUUCUGACGUCACUGAGUCCCGGGGGCGAUCCGGUGCCUCGGUAUAAAACUGUGUAUCAGCGCUGUGGAUGGACGCAGUGCAACUAAAACAGAACCGAGACAAAGCAGCGAGCAGCCGCAGAAAACAUGGUGAAGAUCACGUUUCAGCCAGUUUCGGCGCAGAAGCCAGAAAAAGACAACGAUGAAGACAAGAUCGUUAUCCCCCAGGCCCACGAGCACCUGACUCUUCCUGUAAGGUCCAAACGGCCUUUUCCCACUGGACUCUUCUGCCUUGCGUUUGGUCUGGUCAUCUUCAUGUUGGGAUUGAUAGUUGCUUCUGUGUAUGUUUAUCGCCACUACUUCAUAUCUCAGAUGCCUGAGGACAGCUUGUUCCACUGUCGAGUUGUCUAUGAGGAUUCAGUCUUUGCUCCUCUCAGGGGUCGCCAGGAGCUUGAAGAAAAUGUUGGCAUCUACCUUGAAGACAACUAUGAGCAGAUUAGUGUGCCUGUGCCACACUUUGGAGGGAGUGACCCUGCUGAUAUUAUCCAUGACUUUCACAGAGGGCUCACUGCUUAUUAUGACAUUGCCCUGGACAAGUGCUACAUCACAGAGCUGAAUACGACAUUGGUGAUGCCUCCACGGAGUCUUUGGGAGUUGCUAAUCAAUGUCAAGAGGGGAACAUACCUUCCUCAGACCUACAUCAUUCAUGAGGAGAUGGUGGUGACCGGGAGGGUGAGGAGCUUGAGGUCACUUGGUCCUUACAUCCACAGGCUUUGCUUCAGCAAAGAGACUUACCGCCUUCGACGCCGUAGUCACAGACGUGUGGAGAGGCGCGAGACACAGAAGUGCCACAGCAUUCGUCACUUCGAAAACACGUUUGUGGUCGAGACUCAAAUCUGUGAUCGGAUGUAAACGUCUUGCAGAAAUUCCGACUAUUCAACACUGAAGCCAACCUGAAACAAUACCUCCUGAAACCUUAGGCUUUACUGCACUUUACGAGCAAGUGUUUGUCCCACACUAUAUCUGUGUCUGAUUUCUGUGUUGAUGUGGAACAAACUUAAUUUGUCACAGAUUUUUGUUUUUUUUCUGGACUUUUUAAAUGUGUCUGAAUAUACUGUAUCUGUAGCUCGUCCAGCGUGGCAACAUUAAUGUCGAGUGUGGAUUUGUUUUCACGCAGUGCUAUGUCUGUGAGGGCUCUGCACUCUGUGUCUUAAAUAGUUUGUUUUGUUUUUAAAGCAAAAAUUGCAAAACUUACCUCAUAGUUUAGACACUUCUUAAAUGAUUCAUUAUUCAAUGUUGUAUAUAAUAUCUUAAGCAAUAUAAAUUGUAAAUGAUUUUCCUUCUUAAAAUAUUUCCUGCAUAUAUUUGUAUAUAAAUGUUUUCAUGAAUAGUCAUUUCUUAGUUUCUGGUUUGGUAUGACACUUUUCAUAUUUCUUUUGAUUUUAUGGCUUCAGACUGUAUUUAGAAGCUGCGCUUUAGAGAAGCAGGAGAACCAAAGUCUAUGAUGGGCUGAAGUGCGUUAGACUAGAAGUGAAAUGGUAGAGAUUAUAUCACUUACUGUAGAAUUAUGGCAUCAAAGCUCUUUCUGUUGUGUUCUUCCCCGUCUUCACUUUGACUGUGGUUUUCUUAAACCCCUUUGGCAUAAUUCAACACUGUUCAUUACCAAUUGAAAUAAUUGGGCGGCGUUUCUAAUGUAAAAUUGUCUCUGUUGACAGAGACGUCUCAAAUGUGUUCAUAUUUCAUAUUAUUUUGCUGUACAUGAGAUUCUUGUAAUAUCUUUCUGCUUUAAAAUAAAUAAUGAACCUU